AUGUCAGAAAACGGCUUCAGUCCAUAUUUGCUGUCGUUCGGUCAGUUUGACAAUGUUGGAGAUGCCAUGCAGAGAGUUCUGGGGGGUGAAACAGAAAAUGAAAAUCCUUCUUCUCCAGAGGUUCUGGAAACUGAGAACUCUCAAGGAGUCCACUGGGACGAUACAUUUUUGCCAGACAUGAACAAGCAUCAUUUUUCGUCCAUGCCUCGAUGGGAGUUUGAUGACAUGUACCGCCACGAUCCUAACUUCAAACCCACGACUUGCGCGCGAUCUCUGCGGAACCCGGAAGACCCCGAGUAUAAGAGCGCUCUCAUCUCAGACAUACUCCUGUUCAUACAGAGAGGAGAUCUUCAUAUGAGCGAGUGGAAACGACUCCACCACUUUAACAACCCGUUUGGUUUUAUGGGACAUAAUUACACAUUUGUAAAACAGGCAGUAGAUACAAUCCCUAAGCCUCAGAACUCUCGACUGCUGCUUGUCCCGAAGAGUGCGAAGGAUGGAUGCAUCCGCUGUGCUGUCAUUGGCACCGGGGGGAUCCUCAACGGCUCCAGACUGGGAAAGGAGAUUGACUCCCACGACUAUGUGUUCAGGGUAAACGCAGCCAUUACUGCAGGUCAUGAGGAGGAUGUGGGGAAUAAAACCUCAGUCUAUGUGCACACGUCCCAUUCUAUCAUCACUUCCCUGAUGAUGCACAAGAAGAGAGGUUUUCGAAAAGUCCCUCAUGAUGAGGGCAUAAAGUAUGUUUUGAUCCCAGAACAUCCAAGAGACUACAACUUCCUUCAGUAUUUGAUGAAGAACACCAAAAUACCAUCUGGCCAUUAUCGAGGGCGGAGUCCCAGGAGUUAUUAUGGCGGCCAUUUCAAUGAGAGUAUCUAUUAUGUUCUCCACCCUGACUUCCUCAGAUAUGUGCGGAACCGGUUUCUUAUGUCAAGAAGCCUGAGGACCAAAAGAUGGUGGUGGUUCAGACCAACUAAUGGAGCGUUCACCUUGUUUCUGGCGAUGCACACUUGUGACAUUGUGAGAGCCUAUGGUUUCAGCACAGCGGAUUACAAGAACUACCCAAACUACUACUAUGACAGCAAGCACACUCGAAUGACAUUUUUCUCCAAUCAUGACUACAAACUGGAGAUGAAAACAUGGAAGAAACUACAUGACAGCAAAAUGAUAUGGUUAUAUCAAGGGAAAACAGAUGAUAUAGGUUAG